AUGUCAAACAAUGUGGACAAAUUUAAGUUAAUCGCUGAAGUCCGCAAGAGACCUGCACUAUGGGAUAUUAAAAGCGAAGAACAUAGAUUCAAAAGAAUUCGUCAAAAAGUGUGGAAAGAUGUGGCUGUCACUAUGGGAUCAGAUGUUGCAGGUAAUGACUGCAAUCGUAUUUGGAGAUCUUUACGGGAUAGAAAUCGAGUAGUAGCUAAGAAGAUAGAGUUACGCAUCGCAAAAGAUAAGUUGAAUGGUACAUAUGAUCCUAACAAUGAGUAUAAAUGUCAGUGGGUUUUUUAUGAACACAUGAAAUUUGCUAAUGACAUUAAAAAAUCAAGUCCCACGGAACUUAAUGACAACAAAAGUGACGAUAAUGACUCAAACCAAGUUUCAGAAUCUCAUAAUAUGGAUAAUACUAAGAUGGAUGAGAACAAUAGUUUAGUUGAGCGAGAAAUGUCAAACGCCAUGGACAAACUUAAGUUAAUCGCUGAAGUCCACAAGAGACCUGCACUAUGGGAUAUUGAAAGCGAAGAACAUAGAUCCAAAAGAAUUAAUAAAAAAUCGUGGAAAGAUGUGGCUGUCGCUAUGGGAUCAGAUGCUAAUGACUGCAGACGUAUGUGGAGAUAUUUACGGAAUAUGAAUCGAAUAGUAGUUAAGAAGAUAGAGUUACGCAUCAAACAAGCUAAACUGAAAGGUUCAUAUAAUCCUAAUAAUGACUACGGCAGUAAGUGGCCUUAUUUGGCACACAUGAAAUUUAUAAAUGACAUCAAACAACCAAGUCCCAUGAAAUUUGGAAACUCAUCGGUUAAUGACAACAAAAGUGACGGUAAUGACUCAAACCAAGCUUCCAAAGUUCAUACUAAGAUGGAACCUGAGCGUGAUCUAGAAAUGUCAAAGGUCAUGGACAAAUUUAAGUUAAUCGCUGAAAUGCGAAUGAGACCUGCACUGUGGGAUAAUAAAAGUGAAGAACAUAGAUCCUGUUUAUCUGUACCAGAAGUGUGGAAAGAUCUGGCUGCCAGUAUGGGAUCAGAUGUUGAAAAAUGCCAGCGUACUUGGGUACAUUUAUGUAAGUCAUAUAAGGGAUCAGUUAGGCGUGUAAAGUCACGCAUCAAAGAAGAUAAGUUGAAUGGUUCAUAUGAUCCCAACAAUGACUAUAGCACUAACUGGGCUUAUUUUGAACCCCUGGAAUUUAUGAAGGACUAUACAAUAAUACACUAUAGAAGACCGAUUAAAUUCCGAACUUCAGGUAAAAAAUUGAAGUUAAUCGCUGAAGUCCGAAAAAGACCUGAACUAUGGUGUGUUAAAAGCAAAGAAUAUAUACCCCGUUUAGCUUUACAGAAGUCAUGGGAAGAUCUGGCUCGUGCUAUGGAAGCAGAUGUUACAGCUGAUGACUGCAAGCGUAAAUGGACAAGUUUACUGUUGAAGCAACUAACAGAAGUUAAGAAGUUAGAGUUACGUAUUAAAGAAGAUAAGUUGAAAGAUUCAUAUAAUCCUAACAAUGAAUAUAGAUCUAAGUGGUUUUUGUAUGAACAUAUGAAAUUUUGUGAUGACAUUAAAAACCCAAGUCUCAUGGAACUUGGGAACACAUCUGUUAAUGACAAUAAUAGUGAUGAUAAUGACUUAAGCCAAGUUUCCGAAUUUGAAAAUAUGGACAAUUAUAAGAUGGAACCACAGCUUGAUCUAGAACCAGAAGUGUAUAUACCCGACGAUGAAGAUUAUGAUACUGACAGCCAAAUAUCUGCCAUGGAAUUUUUAAGCGAACCAAAUUCUCCUCAAAACUAUGAGUCAGCAGAUGAUAAACCAUCGUCUACAAGUGGGUACUGCACUAAACCAUCUUAUGAUCAGGCGAAGGAUAUUAAAAAGGAGGAUUCUAACUUACCAAAGACCGUUAAGUUGGAACCUGAGCUUGAUCUAGACCCAGAAGUGUAUAUACUCGACGAUGAAGAUGAUGACACCGACAGCCAAAUGUCUGGCAUGGAAUUUUUAAGCGAACCAAAUUCUCCACAAAAUCAAGAGUCAGCUGAUGAUAAACCAUCGUCAACAGGUGGGAACUGCACUAAACGCCCUUAUGAUCAGGCGAUUUGCUUGGAAGAUCUGGAAAAAGAUGAACAUAACUUAAUUAAACCGGUACGUUCUAAUGAGAUGGUUCCUGUUACCGAUUCCGACUAUAAUUUUUUGGUCAGUUUUUUGCCGAAAAUGAAAAUGAUUAAUGAGUUGAAAAAUUUACAGUUUCGUGCAAAAAUUACCGAUUUGAUGUUGGAAAUUUCGAGAGAAUAA